AUGGCUCAGCUAACAGCAUUAUUAGUUUCAUUAUUAACGCUUGUUCUAUCAAUAUCAGGAGUAAUUUCAACGAACUUCACAAUAAUAAACAAGUGCGAGUAUACAGUAUGGCCAGGCAUUCUGUCCGACCCCUAUGUACCGGCAAUGUCAACAACCGGCUUCGCGCUCCAAAAUGGCGAGUCCAUGACCAUCACGGCACCGAACUCCUGGGCCGGUCGCUUCUGGGGCCGAACCAACUGCUCCCAAGACUCCACGGGCAAGUUCUCCUGCGUCACAGGUGAUUGUGGCUCCGGAAAAAUCGAGUGCUCCGGGAAUGGCAGCGCGAUGCCAGCGACCCUGGCCGAGUUCACGCUCGACGGCGCGGGUGGGUUCGACUUCUUCGACGUCAGCUUGGUCGACGGGUACAACCUCCCUAUGAAGGUCGUGCCCCAGGGUGGGACCGGUCAGAAUUGCUCAAGCGCUGGCUGCGUGGCCGACCUCAACGACUUGUGCCCCCCGGAGCUGAAGGUCACUAGCGCCGACGCCGACGGGAACGUUGCCUGCAGUAGCGCGUGCAUGGCCUUUAACCAGGCCAAGUACUGUUGCACUGGCGCGUAUAUCUCUCCUAGCACAUGCAAGCCGUCUAUAUACUCUCAGAUCUUCAAGAGCGCGUGCCCACAGGCUUACAGCUACGCGUACGACGAUAAGACGAGCACUUUCUCAUGCGCCUCCGCAAAUUACACAAUUAGUUUCUGCGCCACCCUUCAUAACACCAGUGAUACUAUCUCGCCGGGCCAAUCUCUAAACACCACGGAGACCAUUGUAUCUGCCAAUGAAAUUUACGGACUUGGUUUCUUUUCUCCAGAAAACUCGAACAAGCAUUACCUGGUUAUAUAUAAGUAUACAUAUUGGGGCGGGUCAUACGACGAUAUAGUUUGGGUUGCAAACAGGGAGCACCCAUUCCCAAAUUCCUCUGCCAUUCUUACCUUCAACUCGGAUGGGAAUCUUGUAAUAUCCGAUGGCAGAUUGUUGCACGUUCUGACCCACACUAGUUCAGGUGGCAAAGAUACGUAUGCCAGGCUAUUAAAUACAGGUAAUCUUGUACUCACAAACACGGUCUCACAUAUUUUGUGGCAAAGCUUCGACUAUCCUACUGAUACUCUUUUGCCCGGAAUGAAGCUUAAAGACGCUAAGACAGGAUGGUCAUUAAUAACAUCAAAUACAAGUAUCCAAGACCCAGCUCCUGGUCGUUUCUCCCUGCAUUAUCUGGCUUCUCGGAAAGAACUAAUCGUAACAGAGGAGUCGGAACCAUACUGGAUUAGUUCACUCACUGGUGUUCUAGCUGAUAUAUUCGUGAUUGAUGGGGACUACAUUACUUGGCCUAGUAGUAACUACACCAAUGAAGAUAUAAGAAGUAUACGGUUGGAUGUAUCCGGGAACUUUAUUCUGGAAAGAGUG